UGCCUCUCCUGGGGAGCCGAGCGCAGAGCAGGGGGAGGGGGCAGCGGCCCAGGCUAGCAGGAUUCCUCGGGGUAACAGACCUGGCAAAUCAGAUUGAACUUGAUCUCUCAUCCAGUGUCACUCUUCUCCCUGCUGCUGGCCCGAUAACUGUUCCCUUGUCUGCAGCUCCCUGCCCACCCUCUGCUCUAACACUCCCCUUGGGCCUGGUUCUCUGGUGCUUCGAAGCAGGAGCUGUUUGUCAGUUGCAUCCCUGUUGAACGUGAACCUGAGACAGCAGCCCAGAGAUGCGGGUCAAGUAACCCCCUUUGGGGGCUGGAUUCCCAGCAUCCUUCCCUCCCAGCCGCUGCCAGGGGAGUGUCAGAAGCCUGGGGUGCCGGGGCUCAUCUCUCCCCGCAGACGGGCAGGUCUCCUCUUAUGACAUUUGUUAUGUUCCCAUUUUCAGUGUUGCCAUCUAGGCGUCCUCCAGCUGCCCAUGGCCCCUGCUGCCCGGACGGCUGGGUCGGAUACCGAGGGAAAUGCUAUUAUUUCUCCGAGGCCGAAGAGAACUGGAACAACAGCCAGAGACACUGCUCCUCCCUCGGUGCCUCCCUGGCUGGGAUCGACACCCUGCAGGACCUGGAUUUCCUGCUGCGCUAUAAAGGCAAACCCCACCACUGGGUCGGCCUCCGGAGGGAGCAGGAGCUGGGCCAGCCCUGGAAAUGGGUCAACGGCACCGAAUUCAACCACCUGUUUGUGAUAACAGCAGAUGGUGACUGCGUGUAUCUGAAUGACGAGAAUUGGGUCAGCAGCUCACAGUGCACCAGUGAGAGACACUGGAUCUGCAGCAAACCUGAUGCGUUUACAAAGGCGAAGGAGGCGGCAGUGGAAGGGGGCUCAUAACAAGUGUAUUAUCAAAAAUUAGCCCUGGAAAAGCCUGUUCACCCCCUUCCAGGAGCCCAUUGGGUCGGAAGAGGGCGGGGAGUGAGUAGGUGUGACACUGGCAGACCAGGUACCAGCUUAUGCCAAAGGCCUCAUGUCUCAGUAGGACACUGACAAAUCCCCAUCUGGGGUCAGGCUGGCUCACCUGUGUGUUAAAAUAGGUAUUAGCAUUAUAAGCAUGUGCUUAGACUUUAGUGAAUGCAUGUGAGCUGCUGCAGCAUUAAUCCUGCUUCUGACAGUCGCAUCCCACAUCGUAAGGUGAUAUUGGAGCAUUUGUGUUGGGAGCCUCUGUGGCUGUGACAAUCACCAGACAGGAGAGUGAAUUAACUAGUGCCAAGUGCUGAAUUCCAACAGCUCGGAGCACAAAGGAGGAGGUGAGAUGCAACAAGGGACUGUAUCUAUCUCGGUGCUGCUUGGACGCUGGGGGGCAGGGCUUUCAGAGUAUAUGCAAGAGAUCCCCAGCUGCUGAGCCUGGGUUAGCCCUAAAGGACACAGGGCUUAGUAUAGACCAGGGAUACUCAGACUGCAGCUCAGAAAUGGCCCUUUGUGUGUCUCCUGUGUCUUCAUCCACUGUUUUAAUAUCAUUGGUUAAUAAUUAAAUUAUAGCACAUCAGGAUGCUUUUACUAUGUUAAGGGUUAACUUAUCAACUUUCACUAUGUUAACUUAUCUGCUUUGGGAAUAAUUUAUAUAUAAGUAAAUAUUUCCCCUGUCAUACUGUUUAAAUAGGGAUUGCACUAUAGUAAAUGAAACAAUGGAUUCACACUCCUGUGGCUCUUUUGGGUAAUGUUGAUCGCUAAUUUGGCUCCUAAACGACUGAGCUCUGAGUAUCCCUGCUAUAGAUGCUUCUGUUACCUUUUGAAAAUUAAGAUUUUUAACCUAUUUGUGUUUACAUGCUUACCUGCUUUAACUUUAUAAAUAGCAGCUUUCCUUUUUAAUGAAUUGUCAUAAUAUUGUAACUUCU